UUAUUUCUCAAAAAUUGUCGAAAACUUUAAAAAAAAGAAGAAGAAGUAAUUGCAGUAUUUUAAUGACAAAUCGGUUUCAGUGCAAAGGCACCCAUCUCUUACUCUGAUUACCCUCAAGUCAAGUCACAGUUUUAUAAAGACUUUGAUAUAUCAUACAUGUAGAACACGGUUUGUUUUGAGCUUGAAAAAUCAAAUACACUGUACCUGUACAUGCACUCACAAAAGCUGCUGACAGGAGCUGAUCAGUUAUGUAUUAUUUUGAAAUGAAAUUGCAUGUACGUGUAAUUCAUAUACAUUCUCUCAACAAUUGAAUGUAAAUGUUGAUAUUUCCACAUAGAUUCCUGUUGAUCUAUGGAAAUCAACAAAGAAAAGUCCAAUUUCAAUGUAAUGAACCUGAUGGGAGCCACCAGGUGCGUGUUGUGGACAUCAAAAAGAAAGCAUCGGAGAUAUUCAACUUGGCAGUCGACCAUGUCCAGGUCAAGAUAUGGGACCGAGGAUUUGAUGAUUGGAUCGAUGGUGAGGAUGACAAUGAAGAAGUGGAGCAUAACAGCAAAGUCCAGAUAGCGCUUGCAGACAUGGCAGAUGCAGGCAGUAGGCCUAUGGAUGACAUCCCAACCAGUGUGUCCCUUGCUUCAUGUGGAACAUCAUCACCUACAUUGUGUAGUUCUGUCAAUUGGGUAAGGGACUACAGGCUACCAAGCUUCCCUGCCAGUAUUUCUACCAAACUCGAGAACGGCCAAGCUCUAAAGGAGGGGGAGAGAUCUGCGAUGUUGGAGGCCAUCUACAGCAGCGUUAGAAAGUACACUUACUACCCAACUUCAACGCAGUACAGCCAGAUUAUACAGUUGUUGUUUGACCGCUUCACCAAAUUGGCGGGCCAGCCAGACAUGUCGUUGGAUAAUGCAAGAGUCCUGUGGAAGUACAGACUACAGUACAAGUUUGCAAACUCACGAAGGCGUGAGGACAGUAAUGUCCCUGUUGUCCUCCAUCGCAAGAGGAAGUCUGCAGACAACCAACCAACAGCGGUCCAGUCUACCAAGAAAACGCCACCACAGUGGGGCAUUGCUAACUACCAGCCAGCCAGGCCAUCCUCAGAAGAUGAUGCAUCCAUUGCAGCUCAUAUCAAGUGGAUGAAACAGGAGACGUCCAAACGCAAGCCUGAUUGUGACAGGAUCAAGAUUGCAAUGAGCAUGACCCUUGCUGAUCGGCGACAGCAAAUAACAAAGGAUGGUGCCUCAAUCGAGACAAUUCAGAAAACCUACCCCUGGCUUUUUGAUGAAGAAGAGAUGCAGAAUGAAUUUAAACGCCUUCACGAAGAGGGGAUAAAAGAACUCCUCGAGGCAGGAUUGACGAAGUACGGGAGUGCCAUCAUAGAGCUUAGUAGGAACUUGAAAAAGGAGCAACCCUGUCUUCAAGAGGCUCUGUCAGCCAUCGGUCUUCAGCGUGAGGAGAAGAGUCGAAGAGAAGCAACUUGCACUGCUGCAGCUCUUGGGAUACCAUGCUUGCUGAAGGAGCAGGUCAAAGACAUGAUCGUGUUUGGAGAGGAAGCAACAGACGGUGUGCCAAUAAUAUGUGGUGACGAAGAAGAUUUGGCCUCAUGCAGCACCUUCAGUGUAGAGAUCGAUGGGACGAUUGUGAGCUCGUCAAAAGAUGUGCUCUCAGCCAUGGCAGUCUACCUCGCAAGUUUCUAUGUUUUCAAUUUAGCUUACCCCACCCGUCUCAAGAGGACACUGACAUUUUUCCAGAAGGGAGUUCUUAAUAUCCAGGAUAACUUGAAGCCUGAGAGAGUUGUGAUCUCCCUUCUGGAGAAACUCAGUCAACUCAUGUAGAAUACAUUUAAUCUUCAUGUAAACGUGCAUGCAGUUUAUUGGAAUAAGCCCCUUACUUUCUUAUCAAAGCUGUGUUUGCAAUGGACUUACUUGUUUUUUGUGUGAAAUGUAUCUGGACGAUGUGAAAAUUUCCAAUGGGUAAAUCCUGCCGUUUGUUUGCACUUGGAUGUUUGAUUGGAGGGAUCUUACCCAGAGUAUAAAAUACAUAUAACUGAGCUGGCCAAAAUUCCCCAAGCAAUAUUAUUCCCAUUUGUUGUAACGUUUGACAUGUUUGAUCAGGUUGAACAUUGUUCACUGAAACCAGUGAAUAAUAGAUUGUUGCAAAUUACAAGAUUUCUAAUGUUAUCCAUAUUAUAUCUGACAUGACAUCAAAAGUCAACACGUACAUAGUACAUGAGCACAACAAACUCCUGUGCAGCGCAUGCUCAGAGUUCUUGUGCAUUGUGACCUUGCUGUGGUGGAAUGUACAGGUUUCCAUGCUGUUUACCAACUCGCACAUUACUGUCUUAGUAAAAGUAGCCACUGGAUACAGGCAAGCAUAACUGAGAGGGGAGUUCCCAGGCUGUCCACACUGUACUUGAAAUGGGUAAAGUAGCCAUCAUCUCAGACAGUUUAACUAUAACAUCCAAUGCAAGCAUGGCUUAAUAACUUAAACUGACUUGACCCUCAUAACAGCGGAUAGCACAUUAAUUAAUGCAAAACACUGUUAUCUUUUGGAAUCUUUUCACUGUUUUACUGCACUUUGAACUGUAUGUAAAGCAAAAGGUUUUAAAUGUUUUUUAAAACAUGUUAAUACGUUACUGAAAAAAGAUCAAGCAGCUGCAAAUUUUAACGGCACUCAUGAUUUUCCAUAGAAAACACUCCUGAAAGACUUUCCAUUGAGGUCAGAGAUGCUGCAAAUGAAAUGAAAAGACUUGAAUUGGGUCACUGCACAUAAAAAUACCCUGAU